GUAGAUCAUCACAUCCUAUCCUAUCGAACCCCAGUUCUUGUCCUUCAGCCCUCUCCCUCGUGCGAGAGAUACUACGCCUUUUUACCUACUUACUUCACACGACUUCGAGUCGGAAAGAGUUUCAUAGCUCUUGCUCCAAAAUGGCUUCUGGAUCCUCCCUCCGCACUAUCUACCAGGCCACCGUCAAGGACGAUGGCUCCCCAAAGAUGAAAUACAACCGCCUCGGCAAAUCCGGCCUCAAAGUCUCCGCCGUCAUCCUUGGCGCCAUGGGCUACGGCACGCCCAGUAUCGGAGGCCCCUGGGUCCUCGAGGAAGACAAGGCCCUCCCUCUUCUUAAAUACGCCUACGACAAGGGCAUCAACACCUGGGACACGGCGGACUUCUACUCGCUCGGCAAGUCCGAGGAGAUCCUCGGCAAGGCGAUCACGACGUAUGGCAUUCCGCGCGAGAAGCUGGUGCUGAUGACGAAGUGCUUUUUUGGCUGCGGCGAGGAGGAGGUUAUGAAGAGUGGCACGCUGGAUCCGAUGGUCGCGAUGACGAAUGAUGGCGGGUUGGUGAAUCGAGCGGGGUUGAGUAGGAAGCAUGUGCUGGAUGCGGUGGAGGAGAGUGUGAAGAGAUUGGGAACUUACAUCGACGUCCUCCAAAUCCACCGUCUAGACCGCGACACGCCGCCCGAGGAGAUCAUGCGCGCUCUCAACGACGUCAUCGAGAGCGGGAAAGUGCGCUACAUCGGCGCCAGCUCAAUGGCGGCCUGGGAGUUCCAAAUGCUCAACAACAUCGCCUCCCGCAACGGCUGGCACACCUUCAUCAGCAUGCAAAACUACCACAACCUUCUGUACCGCGAAGAGGAGCGUGAAAUGCACGCCUACUGCGCCCACGCGGGCAUCGGCCUCGUGCCCUGGUCGCCCCUUGCCGGCGGCAUCCUCGCCCGCCCCUGGAGCGCCCGCAAGAGCACCACGCGCAGCGAGGACAAUCCGUAUGUCGACCUCAUCGCGGGCCCGGGCGACCAGGCGGUUGUGGACCGCCUGGAGGAGGUGAGUAAGCGCCUGGGCAAGAGCAUGGCACAGGUGGCGACGGCGUGGAGUUUGGCUAAAGGCGUGAAUCCGAUUCUGGGGCUGAGUAGCGAGAGGAGGAUUGAUGAGGCGGUGGAGAGUGUGGGGUUGGUGCUUGCGGAGGAAGAUAUUAAGGCGCUGGAAGAAGUGUACAAGGCGAAGCCGGUGGCGCCAGUGUUUUAGGAGGGCAGAGAGGGGAGGUUGGACAUUGGUGGUGGUUGUGCUAGCAAUGGGUAUGUAGAGACAGUAAUGCGCACACACACACAAACAAAUAUAGAGAAG